UUUAAUGUCAUUUCGAAACAGUUCCUGUAUCGGUCACGUGACUUGCUGAAACCAAUACGAGCACCGACACGUUUUGGUCUAUGGGCUUGACGCAUGCGCCGACGCAUCGGUGUUGCCGGACCCAUCACUAGUGAGGAUAUUUGGAUCCUGGCAUCGUCAGUCUGCUUCACCUUCACCGUCACCAUCGGCACGUUUCCCGCGAUCACUGCCGACACGCGAUCCACGCUGGCCGAGGGAGGAACCUGGGAGCGCUACUUCGUCCCCGUCAGCUGCUUCCUGCUGUUCAACCUGAGCGACUGGACUGGGCGGAGCCUGACCGCCGUCUGCAUGUGGCCAGGUAAAGACAGCCCGGUGCUGCCGGCGGCCAUCUUGGCUCGCGUUGUCUUCGUACCUCUCUUCAUGCUGUGCAACGUUCAGCCCCGCCUCCAUCUGCCCGUCUUCUUCCAUCACGACGGCUUCUUCAUCGCCUUCAUGAUCCUCUUCGCCUUCAGCAACGGCUACCUGGCCAGCCUCUGCAUGUGCUACGGACCGAAGAACGUUCUUCCUCACGAAGCAGAAACCGCUGGAGCCAUCAUGGCGUUCUUCCUGGCUCUGGGAUUGGCUGCCGGAGCUGCUGUCUCCUUCCUGUUCAGAUACACCGAGGAUCAGGGCCGCGCUCUGGGACUGGGCGGCUGGGUGAAGAACACCCGACAGGGGACGGUGAUCGGCCAGAUCCAGGGACCGGCUCAGCAGGUCAACAGCAUGAAACUUUGGUUGAAGAACGUCGGCAGCCCGAGUUCUCGGAUUGACCGAGCCGUUUUCUCCAAUGAGAGAGACAUUUCUAAACUGGAGGUCCAGGGCUUCUCCACUCGCUACUGAGCGUGCUCAGACUAAUUAACAGCUUCAUUAGUAGUUACUAAAACUCUGCAGAGGAUGCAAACAAAUCUCAAACUAAAUGUAUUUCAGCUUGAUUUGCAAAUUGUUGGCAGAUAAAACAUUUAACCUCAGAUCGAUGAAACCUGUUCAAUGUGUGAUUGGACUGAUCAGAAUUCAUGGAUAAUUACGGCUGCAUCUUGUCAGUGGAAAUGCUGACUGGUUUCUGUGAUGUGCUGCUGUUGUUGUCAGGUUGGUCAGCUGCUCUCAUAAGCCUCCACAGCAUCAGAACAGCAGGAAGAUCCUUGAUGCUAGAGCUCAUCUACGUUUUAAUUUCCUGACCCUGAUCGGGUCUGGCUCAGCUUUGACCAGAUUAACAUGUUCUGGACAUUUGACUUUAAGGCAAAGGUUUGAUGUUGAAGACUAUCGGUGCUGAGCUCCAGAGUCCUCGGUGCAAAACAAUCAAAUCUUCACGUCUGUAGUUCAAUCAAGCUUCUCAACCUGCUGUUAUCUGCUGAGCAGAACCUAGAACGACCAGAAUCAGCCGUUAGCUAGAGCCUGACAGACGGCUCUUGUGCUGUAGUUUGUUCUCUCCUGGAAAGCUUUUAAUAAAUUUCUUAAUUCUUCUAA